AUGCAAAUAAUAUUUGUCAAAAAGAUACAUCUUUGUUUUUCAGUGAAACUCAUGGAUAAUAUUAUGUCUCUUUGGAUCAGAGACAUCAAUCUCAGACACCUGUGUUCAUUAGUUAGCCAGGUGAGUUCAAUUAAAGAAAAAACUGUAGAAGAAGGACGUUCCACAGUAGGUGUGUUGAGAUGACCCAGAGCCUCACCUGCAUCGUCGGUGAGACCAAGAUGCUGCAGGCGGGGAAAGGCGCCUGAGAUGAAGCUCAUCUGGUGUUGAACACUUCCAGUCAUGGCUCUCAACGUGAUCCUCACAGCAGCUGUGUUGACUCUGCUGACACAAGAGAGUCUCUCACAACAAGAUGUUUGUGGUCAGCCGAAGCUGAACACCAGGAUUGUUGGAGGACAGGAUGCUCCUGCAGGGUCCUGGCCCUGGCAGGUCAGUCUGCAGACAUCUGGACAUUUCUGUGGAGGAUCGCUCAUCAACAACCAGUGGGUGCUGACGGCGGCUCACUGUGUUCCAGGUGGCGACUUAGUUGGCGCGAAGGUGUUGCUGGGUCUUCAGAGUCUGGAGGGAUCCAACCCCAACAGUGUUACUCGAACAGUGGCAAAAUCAAUCAAUCAUCCGAGCUACAACUCAGUGACAAAGGAAAACGACAUCGCCCUCCUGCAGCUCUCCUCAACAGUAACCUUCACCGACUACAUUUCUCCCGUCUGUCUGGCUUCCACUGGCAGUACCUUCUACAGCGGCAUCAACACCUGGGUCACCGGCUGGGGCAACAUUGGAAGUGGAAAUCUACUUCCUUCUCCACAAACCCUCCAGGAAGUACAAGUACCGAUUGUGGGAAACAGACGGUGUAAGUGCAGCUAUGGAGCCAGCUCCAUCACCGAUAACAUGUUGUGUGCCGGGUUACUUGAAGGAGGCAAAGACUCUUGUCAGGGAGACUCAGGAGGUCCGCUGGUGAUUAAGCAGAAUGGUCGCUGGAUCCAGGCAGGAGUUGUGAGUUUUGGAAUAGGUUGCGCUGAACCUAAUUUCCCAGGGGUCUACGCAACAGUGUCCCAGUACCAGACCUGGAUCAAUAGUCACAUUACCAGCAAUCAGCCGGGGUUCAUCGUGUUCACCUCCACUGGAACUGACAGCGACCUCAGUGAGUGGUGUUCAGAAGUGCCACCAAUUGUAACCGCAACUGCAACCACCACAACCACCACUGCGUCUACAGCCUCUAAACCUACAGUUGGGGUCUGUGGAUACGCACCACAAAACUCCAGAAUUCUUGGUGUAAGUUCAGUGACGACUGAUGGCCAAUGGCCGUGGAUGGCGAGUCUGCAAAAGAACGGACAGCACGUGUGCGGGGGGGCUUUAGUUUCCUUUAACGCUGUGCUGAGCAAUGCUAACUGCUUCUCAAGUCCUAUUGUACCGUCUGAGUGGACGGUUGUGUUGGGCCGUCUGAGGCAGAAUGGAUCAAACCCCUUUGAGGUGUCACUGAAUGUGAUAAAUAUCACUCUGAGCAACCAGACAGGCUCCAAUGUUGCUGUGCUGCAACUCUCCACCACGCCCAGCCUGAAUAAUUACAUCCAGCCCAUCUGUCUGGACAAUGGAAAAACCAUCCAAGAGGGAGCAGCAUGCUGGGCUACAGGCUGGAGUUCUGGACAGGGUGGAGAGGAGCAACUCAUGCAGCAGUUCCAGACGUCUGUGCUAAACUGUGGAAAUGCAUCUACAAGUGACAGCAUUUGUACAGAUUUAUUUACACUGGAGCAGGGUGACUCUGGAGGUCCUCUCAUGUGUAAGCUGGAUGGGUAUUGGUACCAGACGGCUGUAUUGCCAUAUGUGAACAGCACAUCCAGGGCAAAACGGGCUACAACCACGAUGGUCUUUGACAAACUGACCAACUUUCAAGACUUCCUUUUGCGCACAGUGGGGACAUUCUUGACUCCAACCACCACCAACACCAGCACAUCAUCUACCAACACAACCAACACCACUACGGUGGCCUCAAGCGCCAGAGAGGGAACUCCCUUUUUCUUCAGCUUCCACCUCCUCAUCCUCUCUUUGUGUCUGCUGUUCUUCUCACAUGAUAGUUAAACUUUUUCUAGAAUUACAUGAUGUGAAAUCCACAAAUCAGUGUAAGUAGUUCAUUUUGAAACCAGUCAGCCAUCUCCUGCUUGACUCAAUUUUUUUUUGUUGACAUCUAGAAACUGAAUGGUACUGUUGGGGUGUUGAAUCAGGCAUUCUGGGAUUACAUCUGUAUAAAUCUUGUUAUUACAUUGUGCCCCUUCUCUAAAGAAUCCCAGUUAUUCAUGCUUACAUUAAUUUAACCGCUUAACAUGUUUUCUUUGACAGGAUAAAGAAGUCUGUGACCACGUUGGUACAUGUUUUAACUAUAAAAGACAGUUGUUUGAAUCACUGUUAUGAUCCUCAAAUGGGAGUCAAAGGACCCAAAUGCAAAAAUGCUGUAUCUUCUGAGGGGCUCUGUGUUUCUUUUUAACGUCGUAAUUUCUGUGCUAUGUCACAGUAUAAAUUCUGAAUUGAUUUAAUUCAUACUUUCCUAGAUUAUAUUUAUUUCCUAUAGAAGGACCCAGAAUGUUGUUCAACAUGUCUAUAAUCUAAAAACUUCCGGUUUUAGGAGAUCUGCAUGAUUGAACUGACAUUUACAUGAAUAAAGACAAACUUUUUGUUUGACUGAAACAUCUUA